AUGCCGUGGGAUGCGCUGCAGUGUAGACCUACAUUAGUAGCCGAUCCUAGAUCCGCCUCUCCUCCCUCCCAGCCGCCUGCUCCUUCCUCCCACGCGCCUCCCGGUGCUCCUCCCCACAUGCAUGUUCGGAAAAGGGCGGUGAUCUUUGGGAUAUUGUAUAGAUACUCGAGGCACGAAUUCAAGGGUUGCAUUAACGACGCCAAAUGUAUGCGUUACCUUCUCGUCAACAGGUUUAAGUUUCCAGAAGAUUCCAUUCUCAUGCUCACCGAAGAAGAAACUGAUCCCUACAGGCUUCCGAAGAAGCAUAAUUUGAGGAUGGCAUUAUAUUGGCUAGUUCAAGGUUGUCAACCUGGUGAUUCUCUGUUGUUUCACUAUGCCGGUCACGGUUCGCGGCUACGGAAUUACAAUGGUGAUGAAGUCGACGGCUAUGAUGAGAUCCUUUGUCCUUUGGAUUUCGAAGCUCAAGGGAUGAUUGUUGAUGAUGAGAUAAAUGCAACUAUUGUUCGACCACUACCUCAUGGGGUUGAGCUUCACGAAAUCAUUGAUACUUGCCAUAGUGGAACCGUAUUGGAUUUACCGUUCCUCUGUAGAAUGAACAGGUUUGCUGCUGCUGAACAUGCUUAUGUACCAUUAACUUUUAAUCGAGAUUCCCUUCUAAUUUGUUAGAAACAGAAUCUCCAUUCCAUAGAGAAUAAAUUUAGUGUGUAUAUCCGGAAGAAAAGUGUAUUCCGUGUUCUGCAUGGUAGAUGAAGAAGGGAAAAAGGUUCUUGAAAGGACCUAUUUAUGUUCUAGGGUUGACCCAUAAACUUUUCGUACCC